AGUUAAACAUUUCUGAAAAAAGAUGAAUUUGUUAAUUAAAGCACGGCAAGUUUUACAUCCUGCUGUGCGGAAUCUAUCAGCGACUUCAACAGUCGCUCAAAGCAGUGCAACUGCAGAGUCCACAAAGAAGUCAAGCAACGAAACCAACCCGGCGAUAAUAUUGUCACAGACAAAUCAUGCAAUAAGCAAGAGGAACACGCGACAGGCAUGGAUUGAGAAUGCUGAUGCGGUGACAGAACGAAAAGUGGGACUGAUUGAGCUGCAUGCGGAUGUAUUUGCUGCUCAGCCUCGCGUUGACAUCAUACAAGAAAAUUUUGAAUGGCAGCGCAAAUAUCGUUAUGUAAGUAUGGCUGAGACCAAGACGCGCGCCGAAGUGCGAGGUGGCGGCCGCAAGCCUUGGCCGCAAAAGGGAAUGGGACGCGCAAGACAUGGUUCCAUCAGAUCACCGCUCUUCAAGGGUGGUGGCGUCAUUCAUGGUCCACGAUCCCCAACAACUCAUUUCUACAUGCUGCCUUUUUACAAACGAGUGCUAGGGCUUACGUCAAUGUUGAGCGUUAAACUGGCGCAGGAUGAUCUACAUAUAAUUGAGAAUGUGGACAUUCCCACACGUGAUGCCCAAUUCAUUAAGGAUUUAAUAGAGGCACGAAACUGGGGGCCAUCUGUGCUAAUUAUUGAUAAGCAAGAUACAUUUUCUGAAAACAUAUGCUACGCCACUGAUAUGCUGGGAUAUGUAAAUCUGAUGCCUUCAUUUGGCUUAAAUGUCUAUUCUAUGCUAAAGCACGAUACUCUUGUGCUUACUGUCGACGCUGUAAAGCAUUUGGAAGAACGUUUGCUCUAUCAAUUGAAUCGUAACGAUGCUGCCAGCAAAGGUGGCCAAUUCAAACUAGAUCAAGUGUAAAAUAAUUGUUACAAUAAAAAAUUUGUUUUUGCAUUUA